AGGAGUCGAGAGAGGACGCGCGCCUUUUCGCCGCCGGUGCGCCUCCCUGGCCGCCUCGGAGGAGCCGGCGAGCGCGAAGGCGGCCGGUGCCAGCCGACUCCGACAGUCACCCUCGGCUCCACCCAGCGCUUGCUCGCGGGUCCCCAGCGGCCCCGGCACCAGGCAGGGCAGGAAGGAGAGCUGGAAGAGACGGCGCCGAGGAAGCGAAUCGAUUCUGCGUUACCACGAGAACCGUGGGCCUCAUUAGGUCGCUCGAUUUCGCUUAUUCGUUACUUCUGAUUUAUAGGGGGUGGCCACUGUGACUUUCCCUCCAAAGAGCUCGAUUAUCCGGCCUGAAAUGCCUUUAAGCGCCAGCACGACCUCCGUUUUGGUUUCUCAACCAAACUAUGCAUAUUUGUGACUGACGGGUCGCUUAUCCAAUAGAAAGCUGCACUGGUCAGGAAGAGUCGGCCCAUCAGCCAAUGGGGGAGGCCCGGCGGGAGCGUUGGCCCAGAGACAGCCAGAGCCGGUUUGCAGGAAUUGCAGUGGCGAUCGGAGUCCUACUAGAGCGCAAUCAUGUCUAUUAUGUCCUAUAACGGAGGGGCCGUCAUGGCCAUGAAGGGCAAGAACUGUGUGGCCAUCGCUGCGGACAGGCGUUUCGGAAUCCAGGCCCAGAUGGUGACCACGGACUUCCAGAAGAUCUUUCCCAUGGGUGACAGGCUCUACAUAGGCCUGGCCGGGCUGGCUACCGACGUCCAGACAGUUGCCCAGCGCCUCAAGUUCCGGCUGAACCUGUAUGAGCUGAAGGAAGGUCGGCAGAUCAAGCCUUACACCCUCAUGAGCAUGGUGGCCAACCUCUUGUAUGAGAAACGGUUUGGUCCCUACUAUACAGAGCCUGUCAUCGCUGGGUUGGACCCGAAGACCUUCAAGCCCUUCAUUUGCUCUCUAGACCUCAUUGGCUGCCCCAUGGUGACUGACGACUUUGUAGUCAGUGGAACCUGCUCCGAACAAAUGUACGGCAUGUGCGAGUCUCUCUGGGAGCCCAACAUGGAUCCAGAACACCUGUUUGAGACCAUUUCCCAAGCCAUGCUGAAUGCCGUGGACCGGGACGCCGUGUCGGGCAUGGGCGUCAUUGUUCACAUCAUUGAAAAGGACAAGAUCACCACCAGGACACUGAAGGCCCGGAUGGACUGACCCCAUGCUCUGGUCCCAGCUUUCUUUUGUUGUUUUUCUUUUUAAUAAAAUUGCUUUUCUUUCA